AUGUAUGGUAAAUGUGGAGACACACUCCAAGCUCGUAAUGUUUUUGAUGGUAUUUCAACAAAAGACGCCCACUCGUGGGUAUUCAUGCUCUCUGCCUAUGCAAGAAAUGGCCAAAUGCAAGAGGCUGAGAGUAUUUUUGCUUCCAUGCCAAGUAAAAAUUCGGAAUCUCAAAAUGCCAUGCUGGCUGCCUAUGCACACAAUGAAAAGCUUUCGGAUGCAAAAAGGAUCUUUGAUUCUCUUAUGGAAAAGACAAUUGUUUCAUGGAAUGCAAUGAUCUCUGCUUAUGCCCAAAACGGGCAUUUGGAUUGUGCCAAGGCUACAUUUGAUUCUAUGCCAGAACGAAACUUGAUUUCUUGGAAUUCGCUCUUGUCUGGCUACGCUUACAUCCGUGAUAUGUGCUUCAUUAUUUGGAUUUACAAUGAAAUGCCGGAGUGGAAUAUAGUGUCUACAACUACUAUGCUCGUCGCAACUGCCCAAACCGGGAAUUUGAUCGAAUCAAAGAGACUGUUUGUAUCAAUGUUAGAAAGGAACUUGGUGGCGUACAAUGCAAUGUUGUUCGUUCACGUUUUAAGAAAUCAGCUGAAAGCUGCAAAGUCUGUGUACGAAGAAAUGCCAGAGCACGACAUGGCAUCGUGGACCAGCAUCAUGUCUGCGUAUGCCCAACGGGGGCAUCUGGAGGAUGCCAAAUGUAUCUUUGACACGAUGCGUGAGAGGAACCUUAACGAGCGUGUGGAGGAGGCGGCGAAUAUCCUGUCGGACAUGCCCGAGCACGACCUCGUCUCGUGGAACACGAUGCUGGCGGCUUGGGUGGCGGCCGGUCGCAUUGACCGUGCCAUUGACCUCUUCAGUCAAAUGCCCGCGAGGGACAUUGUCUCGUGGAACUCGAUCCUGUGCGUUGACAUUAUGACCGAUGGCGGCGGGGAGUUGACUUUUGCUCGACGGAGGUUCCACAGGAUCCCGGAGGAGAACUUGGUAUCCUCCUCAACUAUGCUCACAGCAUAUGCCCAGAAUGGGCAUCUUGAUCGUGCCUUUGACCUCUUCCAGUCAAUGUCGUGGACCGGUAUCUCUCCCGACGCCAUCUGUUUCAUACCCCUUCUCAUCUCGUGCAGCAACGGGGGAACGAUGAGCUCGGGGCGGCGCUUCUUUGUGUCGAUGCGCGAGGAUUUUCACAUAGAGCCGAUCAAGCAGCAUUUCUGCUGCAUGAUCGAUCUGCUGGGGAGGGAGGGCGCGAUUGAAGAUGCCUGGGACUUGAUCACGAGCAUGCCUUUUGUGCCAAAUGCCCUCCAGUGGAGAUGCCUCUUGAGUGCUUGCCGAAGCCACAAGCGUCACUUGCAUGGAACCGCUGCUGCCAUCUCGACCGUCGAUCUCGAGCCCACUGCAGCUUCAUCAUAUGUUCUUCUAGCUAACAUGCACAGGUCUCCAAGUAAAGCCACAAUAAAAUCUUCCCAGAAAUCUGUAUAA